AUGCCUAGGAAGGGUAAAGGGGUUGUUUUCGAUUCGACACCAAAUUACGGUGUUGGGCAGUACGAGGAUGCUAAGGCGAAGCUGAAGCAUCAGAAUCUUAUGCAGGACUAUGAGGAGUUGCAAAGGGAAACUGGUGCUAUGAAGAGCAAAUUAGAGGCGGCUAAUAAGAGGAAGUUGAUUCUCGCUGCCGAAGUUCGGUUUCUGCGAAAAAGAUAUGAACACCUCAUGAAAUCAAAGAACAUGGCUUCUUCACAAGAACAUAUGCAGAAGAAAAAUCCACUUAAAGUAGUUAAAUCCUCAAAGGAACCUGUUUUCAUCACAAAUGAAGCAAGUCAGCAUAUACUACCUAAAGUUUCUCAACCAAAAAAGAAAAAGCAAUAUUUAGUCGAGCAAGCUGUUCUGAGCAAUGCCUUUGCUGCAACUACCGAUCAAUCUCAUAAUAAAGGAAAACAAACUACAAAACGAAGUUCGACUCCGGUUUCUAAUCGGAACCAGAAAGAAAAGAAGCGUAAGAAAGAAGCUGUGGCUCCAAACAUGGCCUUAUUGCAUGGCAAAAGCCAGAAGGAAAGUAUUCUUUGUGGUAAUGACAUGAGUUUAAGGAAUCCAACUGCGACCUUCGAUCUGAACGAGGAUGGUUGUCCCAAUGGGAAAGAAGCAGCUUUUCCGAGCCGAGCUCCGAUUUUCGACUUGAAUGAAAUCUUGACAGGGGAUGAGGAUCUUGGGAUGAAUGUUGAGGCAGCCAUGUCUGAAGAAGCAAAAAAGAACUUAAUCAGAGGCAUAAACGACGAGCAGCAAAAUGAUUUGAAGUUGGCUGUGUGUAGAAAUUCUGGAGAAGGAUCGUCUCGUGUUGUGGGGAAGAGGAAAAUUUCGUGGCAGGACCCACUUGCUUUGAGGGUUUGA